CCGGAAUUAUGACCGCACAGGUUUCUAUCUCCGUUGUCAGCAGGUCGCGCUAGGUUCAGACAUAUCGGACGUAGUGCGCCUUAAUGCUCUCUCUGAGCAUAUCAGAGGCGAAUCAAAUGGUCCAGCGGAGCAUCAGUGCCAAUAACUCAAGGUCAAGAAGUCAAGGAGCACACAUAUAAGGCUCAUCAAUUCUCAUACUCACUUGCAACCAGUCUGGGAUCUUUCAAGUAAUCCAAGUUUGAGAGCUUGAUUGCAGGGUCUUCAUUCUUUAAGAUGUUUGGAAACUUCAAGAAGCCAGUUUGGCUCAUCACAGGAUCAAGCAGCGGAAUCGGACUUGCCCUGACACGUUACGUCCUCUCGCAGGGACAUAAAGUCAUAGCAACCUCUCGAAACCCUUCCAAGACCCCAAAUCUGGUGUCUGAGGUCGAGGAACAAGGAAGUAAAUGGCUCACCUUGGACAACACGCAGUCCAACCAGAAUAUCAAGGCAACAAUUGAACGAGCUGAAUCCUUUUUCGGCGGCAUCGACAUUCUGGUGAACAAUGCGGGUUACUGCGUACUGGGUGCUCUUGAGGAUACCCCCGACGCAGAACUCGUGACGCAGAUGGAGACGAAUUUCCUCGGACCCGUGCGAAUCAUGCAGGCAGUAAUUCCGGGCAUGAGAAGCAGACGAUCAGGAGUCAUUUUGAACGUGUCGAGCACCCAGGGAUUCUGUCCCAGCCAAGCCUGCGGUGUUUACGCUGCGAGUAAGGCUGCGCUGGAAGCUGUCUCCGAAGCUUGCAGUGUCGAAGUGUCGUCCUUUGGCAUUCGAGUGCUCAUCAUAGAACCAGGGGCUUUCCGAACGAACUUUAGCAGCGCCAAUUCUGCAAGAAUUAUCACGCCGUCAGAAGAGUAUGCAGGCCAGCAUAUCGUCGGCCAGAGAUUAGCCCAAAUCGCACGGCUGCCGGAGGUGGCUAUGGGAGAUCCAAAAAAGGCUGCGAGGGUGAUGUUUGAGGCCGCCACGGGAGAAGGGGACGCUGGUUCACUCAUCAAAAGCGAAGGGCUCCUCAGGAUCAUCAUUGGCCCAGACAGUUGGAAGAGAAUAGAUGAGAAGGUGGAUGAGUUGAGACGAGGUACAAACCUGCUCAAAGAAGUUGCUACAUCGACAAACUUUUAAAAUGAAGCUUGUUACUAUGAGCCCUGAUUUGCUUGAGGCCAUAUACAGUGAACAACAAC